CAGCUGAGUACGCAUACACAAUAUGUAUUUCCUGUUCUAAAUUUAUCUACUUUUUUCAUAUACACUACUCGCUUGUCAUACGGUAAAUAGAAGAGAUGUUUUCUUUAAUUGGAAUAUUAGCUUUCAUUUUAUUUGGACUGGAGUCUUUCCAUUUCGUGGGACAUUGCUUGAUUAUGUUCCGAGUUCGCCAGUUACCAAGAAAAGAUUUCGUACGAAUGCGGUUCUAUUUCUUGGUUGAUACAUUAACUGUUUUCCUGUCUUCUUUUGUUGUUUUGGGAACGUUGCAGUGGUUAACAAGUAUCCAGUUGAUACAACAUUUGUAUUAUUAUCUUAUGUGGGAAAAGACUGAUACUGCUAAAAAGAUUGUAAGCUGGAGUUCUUUAGAUUGGACUAGGAGUACAAAGUACGAAGAAUGGCAUAUCUGGUCGAUCAUAGGCACAUUAUUUGACGUGUUUGUUCAUAUGGUUAUGGGUAUUUUGCUGUCCCAACAGCUCACAACAGUACAGAUCAUAUCCUCACUAUUAAUCGCACAGUCAUGGUUGAUUUAUGUUUUAAAUGUUCCAAAGUAUGCAUGGAGCAGCCCUUGGGCAACCCCAGAGUGGGUGGAAAAAAGAAUUAAGCCAUUAGACAAGUAACUUAUCUUUAAAAUUUGAUUUUAAUACACGUGAGCUACAAAAUAUAAAACCACUACGAAUAUGAUGAGAGGACAUAUUUAUUUUUAAAAUACUGAUAAUGAAGAUAAUUUUUGUUUCGCUAAAUAUGGUCGGAGAAAUAACAUUCAUUAAACUAACGUUGACAAAUUGUUGAUUGUAACUAUGAUCCACUUGCCAUUAUUAUUUUUUGCAAUUUUAUGUAAAUAAUUAAUUUGUACAAUAAAAUUUUUAUCCACA